AUGUCAAACAAUUAAAUCAUAUACUAAUAGUAAGAAGAACAAAGAUCUCUAUUUUCUCGAUUAUGUGCUUGUUUACAAAUAUUUAAUAGAAAAAAGAAAUAAGGAUCAUCAAAUUAAUAUCAUCCAGAAAUUGAUACACCCAAAUCAUCCUUUAUUGUAUUAAUAAACAAAUAAUUCUCAGUUUGGAUAAAAGAAAAUUAUAGUCUUAGAUUUAGAUGAAACAUUAGUACAUAGUCAAUUUUAACCUAUGGAUAAUUACGAUCUUUGUUUAGAUGUACAAUUCUAGUGACAUAUAAAGAUUGUUGUUUAAUCAUAAAAUUUCAAAGUUUAUGUCCUUGUACGACCUGGUGCUAAAUAAUUCAUUGAUGAACUAAGCAAUUUUUAUGAUAUUAUUUUAUGGACUGCAAGUCUUAAAGAAUAUGCUAAACCUGUAAUGGAUUUUGUUGAUCCUGAUAAAAAGGCUAUAGACAGAUUAUUUAGAGAGAAUUGUACAAUUAUAAAAAGUGGUUUGACUAAAGAUCUAAAUAAAUUAGGUAGAGAUUUGAAAGAUAUUAUUAUUGUUGAUGUAAGUAUAUAUUAAUUAUAAUUAAGAAUUCAAUCUUGUCAUUUACACUUAAUCCAGAAAAUGGUUUUAAAGUUAAGGAUUUCUUUUAUGACAUAUAAGAUAAAGAACUUGAAUAAAUACUACCAUUUUUGAUUUGGAUCUCAUAAGUAAUCUUUAUAAAAAUUAAAUAAGCUUCCUGAUGUGAGACCAGUGGCUUUAUAAUAUCAGUAAUUUAUUAAUUCAUCUCCUGAAUAAUUAAAUCAAAGAAGAAAUGGUAGUAUUGUACCAAUUGAAUAACAUAAAUUUUAAAGUGUCUCAAGAUCUUACACUAUUUAAAGAGAAAUAAUUAAGUAAGCCUCCAUAAUAAAAACUUUAACAUUAUCUAAAAAUGAUGAUGAUGAAUUUGAUGAAAUUGUCAUUAAAAAAUAAAUAAAAUCAGCAGUACUUUCAAAAUAGGAUCAAACUAAUGAUAGUGAGAAGGAGACAUUUGAAAUUGGAAAUUGA